AUGACGCAAAACGGUUGGAACGUAGUUAGAAACGUAGUUAGAACCUCUGAUACUGAUAUCCUUUCUCUUCUACAGUGCGUCGACGAGCUACCCCCGGAGAUGCGCUCCCUGCUGAAGCUGGCGGUGGAACUACCCCCGGUGGCCCACGCCGCGGUGUCCGGCGCCCUCGCCGCGAUCGGCGCGAUCGUCCUUCUGGGGGCGCUCAUGUGCUUGGCGCGCGCCGCCAAGCGCCAGGAGAAGUUGCACCUCAGCAACCCCCUGCCGGCGAAUGCGACGAGCACCAAGAACGGCCAGCUGAAUCCGGCCUUCAGCAAGUAGAGCCUCUGCCUGGAGGCUGGUGGCGGGCGAGUGAGGAAAUCCGAGACGAGUGCGCGGGUGCUCGGGUUUCUUUUACCUUUCCCGCCUCCCCCCCCCCCUCGCGAGACGAAUAAUAAUCGCGACCGCGAGUCUUGUGAGGACUUGUAUGAUAAUCUUACUACUUAUCUUAUCUAGGCGACGGGCAUGUGCUUUAUAAUCUUGAUUAGGAUUUCGAGUCUCGCCUUUCGUUUUUCUCGCGAGAGGAGCAGAGAGAAUUAGGGAAAUAUGUGGGGAGCGACGCGGCGUCCUGGCGCGACGCGAAUUUUUUUAUCGGGUCGCGCGCAGAGGACACGCGCGCCGAUAUAUAUCUUAGAUUUAUUUAUGUUACGUUACUCGCGCGCGUUUUCUUCCCGGGGAUGGUGGAUUUCGUUUUCCAAACGAAUUUGCGUCGAGUCGCACAGUACAAAUUAAUUGCGAGGCAACGAUAAUUCGAGAUCUGUAGAAGAUAGGGAUAUUCCACGUUGCUUUGUACUACGCGCGAAUGAGGAAGCUAACUCUGGGAAAUCUUUGUAUUGAUACAAAAAGUACCCCCUCCCUCCCUCCCC